AGACUGUUGUACUUCCACUCCCCUUGCAGUGUUCACACCAUUCCCAGCUGUUCACUGAGGGGCUAAGGAAGGCUUGGGAGUGAGAUACUAGGCCCAGGAAAAAUGCGUUGCCACGGCACCACUGAGGCGGGAAGCGGGGUGGAAAGUGGCCUCGCAUGGCAAAAACUGGGUUUCGGCGGCCAGACUUCUAAGGAGGGAGGGGCAACCCGCUGGGGGCGGGUCCUGAUCUCCACGGGCUCCCGAAGAUAAAGGCUCCCGGGGCGGUGAGGCAGGGACGGAAGUGACGUCGCGCGGGGCGGGUCCGCCGCGCACAAUGGGCCAUGGAGUUCCCGUUCGAUGUGGACGCGCUGCUCCCGGAGCGGAUCACGGUGCUGGACCAGUACCUGCGGCCCCCGGCCCGCCGACCCGGAACCACAACGCCUGCCCGUGUUGAUCUGCAGCAGCAAAUUAUGACCAUUGUAGAUGAACUGGGCAAGGCUUCUGCCAAGGCCCAGCAUCUUCCUGCUCCCAUCACCAGUGCAUCGAGGAUGCAAAGUAACCGCCAUGUUAUUUAUGUGCUCAAAGACACUUCAGCCCGACCGGCUGGGAAGGGAGCCAUUGUUGGUUUCCUCAAAGUUGGAUACAAGAAGCUCUUUGUACUGGAUGAUCGUGAGGCUCACAAUGAGGUAGAACCACUUUGCAUCCUGGACUUUUACAUCCAUGAGUCUCUGCAACGUCAUGGCCAUGGGCGAGAACUCUUCCAGUAUAUGUUGCAGAAAGAGCGAGUAGAACCACAUCAACUGGCCAUUGACCGACCCUCACAGAAGCUGCUGAAGUUCCUGAAUAAGCACUACAAUCUGGAGACCACGGUCCCACAGGUGAACAAUUUUGUGAUCUUUGAAGGCUUCUUUGCCCAUCAACAUCCUCCAGCAAGGAAGCUACCACCCAAGAGAGCAGAGGGAGACAUUAAGCCAUAUUCCUCUAGUGACCGAGAAUUUUUGAAGGUAGCUGUGGAGCCCCCCUGGCCCUUAAACAGGGCCCCUCGCCGUGCAACACCUCCAGCUCACCCACCUCCACGCUCCAGCAGCCUGGGAAACUCACCAGAAAGGGGGCCCCUCCGCCCCUUUGUGCCAGAGCAGGAGUUGCUGCGUUCUCUGCGCCUCUGCCCCCCACACCCUACUGCCCGCCUUCUGCUGGCCACAGAUCCUGGAAGCAGCCCAGCCCAGCGUCGCCGCACCAGGGGGACUCCCCCAGGGCUGAUAGCCCAAAGCUGCUGCUACAGCCGUCAUGGGGGUCUGGAUUCCUCAUCCCCCAAUACAGGUAAGUAUUCAUUUCUCCUUAUCCUCAAAUCAAGUAAGCCACAUGCACUAUCAACUCCAGUCUCCCCACGUACAUGCCUGGUAUUUCCACAGGCAACCAGGCAUCGAAGCAGGGGGAAAAGGAAACAGAGAAUAGGUGAGGUCUAAACCGUUCCUUUAACAGCUCCCAACACCUCCUGACUCCUGUCUUAACAUUACUCUCAGCUGUGUCCUUCUAACUCUUACUGUGAGAACUAGAUACCAGCUCCUUCCACAAAUCCUCCUAACACUGUACAAGCCUCUUCCCCUCUAAGUUGAGCUCUGAUGCCUCCCUUUGUCAUUCUCUGAGGAUUGUUUGGACACCAUAUUAACUGUCUCAGCUUCAUACCCAUGGUGUGUCCUAUACAUUAAAACUUGGCACCUAACACCUUGAAGAAUCUGUGAAUUCCCACUGUAGUACCUCCCACUUUAGUAACCCACUGUCCAUCUCCCCACCCACCAGGUCUGCCAGUCAGAAGCAGGUCUUGUCACAGGAUGGGUCUGGGGAGGAA